AUGGCAGCAGUACUCCGGCAGACAUCUGAGAAGCCCAGGAGAAAUGGAAGUAAGAGGAAACGGAGUCUCAACGACGAGAGAGGGGAAGACUCGUCAACAGCAAAGAAGACCGCCACAGAGCCAGCGAAGAGACAUCCUGAAACCGAUGGAGAUGUUGACGAGUCGAUUAGGCACAUGGAUCCUGGCCUCCUGGCAGACCACAUUUCGAAGAAGAUUAAACGGUCCUUUCGAGACUUAAGCGCUGUCGAGCUCGGGGACAAAUAUCUUUCCCAACGGAUCUUUUCUGACACAACAAACUUUGACGCACCCCGGAGCUUGCAAAGUCUACCGUUAUUUCUGGAGCAUAUCUCCAACAGCAAAGAAGACCUGUCGAUUAGUGGCGAAGACCCUGGCAGUCCUCACACCAUAGUUGUUGCUGCAUCUGGUCUAAGAGCUGCAGACGUGACGAGGUCUAAAGCUUCUGGUGCUCAUUGCCGCCCUAAUGCUGAUAUCGUGACCAGGUCUCUACGCAUAUAUCAGUCACCCGAUUCUGCUGUUGCAAAGCUCUUUGCAAAACAUAUCAAAAUGCCAGAGGCUGUUGAUUAUGUUAAGCGCACCAAGUAUGUUCACUCACUCGGCCUUGCCCGUCUAAUGCCUCUUAGGAUUGGUAUUGGCAUAGGUACUCCACAGAGACUCCUUGACUUGCUUGAAAAGGAUGUCUUGAAGACUAAAAAGCUGAAGAGGAUCGUGAUUGAUGGUUCGCAUCUCGAUCAAAAGAAACGAUCGGUCUUCGAUAUGAAAGAGCUACUUGAUCCGCUUAUAAAGCUGCUCUCGAGGCGACCCAUCAAGGAAAGGCUUGAUGCGGAGGGCAGACGAUGUAGCGUUUACGUCUUUUAA